AUGGCUCUAGAGACGGUAAUUUUCCAGCAAGACCCGUUUGCCUAUUGCUACGGGGAAUACGGCGGUUAUGGAGAAUUAGAGGCUCCGCAAGAACCGCAUAGGAAUGAAGAAGUGGUAAAUGUUAACUUGCGCGCGAGGAACAAGAGGAGGAGGACAAAGACGAAGGUGAUGAAGAACCAGGAGGAAAUGGAGACCCAAAGGAUGACACACAUAGCGGUCGAGAGGAAUCGGAGGAGGCAGAUGAAUGAAUAUCUCGCCAUCCUCCGCUCCCUUAUGCCCCCAUCCUAUGCUCAAAGGGGAGAUCAAGCAUCAAUCGUUGGGGGCGCCAUAAAUUUUGUGAAGGAACUCGAGCAACUUCUUCAAUUUCUGGAAGUCAAUAACCCGGCCAACCAACACUCCAACGCAUUCUCCGACUUCUUCACCUUCCCACAGUAUUCCCAAUCUCCGGCCAUCGCUGCUGAGCGGCGGCUGGGAAUCGCGGACAUUGAGGUGGCCAUGGCGGAGAGUCACGCAAACAUCAAGAUAUUGACCAAAAGACGGCCCAAACAGCUCCUCAAAUUAGUAGCUCGCUUCCAGUCCAUCGGCCUCACGGUUCUCCACCUUAACAUCACCACCCUUGACCACUCCAUAUUCUACUCCUUCACCGUCAAGAUUGAGGAUGAAUGCGAGAUGACUACAGUGAAUGAGAUAGCCACAACUGUGCAUGACACGGUGCUAAUGAUCGAAGGCCAGUGCGAGGCGUAG